AUGUCAAUGUUCAGAUCCGCUGCAGAUAUCUCAUCAUCAGAAUCGGAUUCCGAUGUCGGGGAGUACAGUGGGCAUCAAAGUUCAAUUCCCAGCAAUGAUGCGAAACCCGGGUCUCGACGCGCCAGCAAGGGAGAGGAAUCUGCCAAACUGACAAAUGGCCUGGACUCAGGCAGCGACCUGGAACCGUCUAUCUCGCUGGAAGAUGUUUCUGCCUUGUCAACGGGCGCCCUUGGCUCCCGUGUGGAGCAUCAUGCACACUUCAUGACAGCUGCCUUGUUGGAGUUCUAUUGCCAGAGCCGAGCGGCUGACAUUCUUAAUGCCCAGAAAGGCUCCUCCAAAAAGUACACGCGGCAUUGUCCUGAGGCACAGUAUCUUGGGAAAAAACUGUACAAGUACAAAUCUCAAUUUCUCGCAUCGCAUGGCGUUCUGGCAGAUGGCAUUGAGAAAGAAGAGUUAGAUGGCACAAGACAGACGUAUCGUGACAAUUUGGACUUACUUGGGCUCUCUGCUCUGGACGACCUGAAUCUGAAUGAGCCUCAACCACGAUCGCCUAUUGAAGCUGGUGAAGAGCUUGCUCUCGUGUCGAAGACGUUCAGGAACCAGCAAGGACUCGAUGUCACCGACAGCAAUGCGCAUUUCUGGAAGACGCCAGGUGAAGACACGCAGUUUCGAAAGCAACCACCUUCAAUUAGCGAUUUCAAAGUCCUUGAAGGUAUUCCUACCGGCGUGCCAAAUCUGCCAGCCCCAUCGAGGCCACUCUUUGGCAGCUCACCUGUGAGCAUGCCCCUCUUUAACGGGCCCGCCAUGCCGCAAUACAACAUGUCGCGCUAUUCGGUAGAAUUCAGUGAGCUCAAUGUUCUUGGUCGUGGAUCCUUUGGAGAGGUCUACCACGUCACCAACCAUAUCGACGGACAAGACUAUGCUGUCAAGAAGAUUCCUCUCAGCCAGAGGCGCCUUGAUCAGCUGCAGUACGGCGGUCAAAACCAGUUGGAAAACAUUAUGAAAGAGAUUCGGACGCUUGCGCGACUUGAACACACGAAUAUCGUUAGGUACUACGGUGCAUGGGUUGAACAGGCGCAUGUCGCGAGUCGCAUGCCCUUCGAGCCACAGCCGCAUACCAGAUACGAUCCGUCGCAGAUUCACAUGUCCAGUCCCGAGUCCAGCAAUGAACCCAGCAUGGGCAUUGUCUUCGAGCAUUCUGAAAGUUCAGCAGUCGAUUUGCAUUCUGGUUCUGUACCAGACGAGCACGGAUUUUCCAACCGAAUCUCGCGUUGGGACAGCCACGCCACUUCUUCCUCUCGCCGUUCGAAAAAGAGCUCGGGCACAGGACUUGACGAUGACGAUGAUAUUGAGUCUAUUCCUCGGAAUUUCGACAAUCCCUCCGAUGGACAGACCUCCACAUAUGGAGAAACGGACGACAUUUUCACCGAUGGCUUGAGCCAGGAUCAGUCGAGGCUGCAGGUGCAACGGAACCACCGGUUCGGGCAACAACAGCCAGCUGUCAUUCUUCAUAUCCAAAUGUCCCUCCACCCGAUCUCUCUUGGCUCCUACUUGAAUCCACAAGCAGCCGAUAGACCCAACAUCGGUGCCUGCUCGCCUUCACGGCGUCAUUGUUUCCAUUUGAUGCCAUCGUUGAGAUUGAUGCUGGACAUUAUCUCAGGUGUUGAGUAUCUCCACUCCAAAGGAAUCGUCCACCGUGAUUUGAAGCCAGCAAAUAUCUUCCUUUGCGCACCUGAUAACACUACUUUGGAUACUUGUGAUUCUUGCGAUUCUGGCUCCAACUCGCCAGCUCACUUCUGUCGUCCGCGCAUUGGAGAUUUCGGCCUUGUCGCAGAUAUCUCGCAUCUGAAUGAGACUUCGUCGGAAGGGGCGGUUACGCCCUAUCACGAAGGCCCCAGAAUUCAGCGCGUUGUGGGAACCGAGUUCUACCGACCUCCUGCCAAUUUUGACAUGCCAGACUCACCGGGUUAUUUUGACAAGUACCAAAUUGACGAGAAGUUGGAUGUUUAUGCUUUGGGUGUGAUUCUAUUCGAGCUUCUCUAUCGCUUGAAUACGAAGAUGGAGCGACAGAUGGUGUUGAACGACCUGACCCGGGGAUCAAUCUCCUUACCCGGUGACUUUGCUGCCAAAAUUGACCAUGGUGAGACCCAACUGGACACGGGGAUCACUGUCGCUAAAACUAUGAUGGCUUGCAUCAGAGGCAUGCUGGACCCCCACUCGCGGCGGCGAUGGAGCCUGCACGAGGUCAAGGAGCAUUUACGCCGGAUCUACAAAUGCGUCAAACAUCUAUAG